AUGUCGGUAGUAGGCUCGCUAAUAUUUUGUACUUAUUGUGGUAAUUUGCUUGACUCACACAGCUCCACUUCAAAUAUUGAGUGCCAAAUUUGUCUGGCAUCGUACCCCAAGUCCGAUUUUGUAAAUUUGCAGGUUGUUACAAAAAGUUCCGAUGAUGCGUUUCCUUCAAAACUUAAACUGGCAAGGUCUGUGGUAAAGACUAGUUUAAAGAAAGACGAACUAGAUGAAGGUGCCACUAUAAAGGAAAAAUGUCCGAAAUGUGGUAAUGAGGAAAUGCAGUACCACACACUACAGCUAAGAUCCGCCGAUGAGGGUGCUACUGUGUUUUAUACAUGUACCAACUGUGCAUAUCGAUUUAGAACAAAUAACUAG